AUGGCUUCCCCGCCCUCCUCUGUUACAUCGUCCUCUUCCUCUGCGGCUUCUUCCCCCGAGCCGCGCUCCGCCAGUGCGGCUCGCGUCAGAAACUUGAAGCCCAAGCCGAAACGCAAUGCCUGUUAUAAUUGCCGACAUUCCAAGGCCAAAUGCAUACCAGCCCGCGACAAAAAUGUCGAUCCAGAAACCAUGCCCUACGUCCUUGUGUCCUGCACGCGCUGUCGGAUGAGAAAUAUGCAAUGCCAAUACCCUUCUGGGCCACCGUACAUCAUCCCCAGCUACGACCAUCCCAUGUGCCGAGUGCUGAUACCUCUACAACCCGCCGCCCAACCCCCAAUGAUCGCGGUAUCGAGUUCGUCCGAAUCAUCCCGCCCGCUUGGGGGCUUGCUUCCGUCCACGCGCGCGCCUCCCCGAGACUUUCGGCCAAGAUACGGUGACCGCACAUCCUACCCGUCGUUGGCACUCGUCCCCACCUCGGACGAUUUUGGUCUGUUUGCCCCCUCACCACUGGCAGCGACAAUCCGCCCGUCACCUACUAGCAGUCCGCCAUCCGCGUCGCCAGGUGAAAUCGAAACUCCAACAGGCGAUUUCACCGCGCAAAGAAUCGAUUGGGGAGCACUGGACCUGGCAGUGGAGCUUGGAGCGACUGGGCCCGCCACAUUCGACAGUCAAGCCGCCGAUGAUUGGUGUGAGCUCAUGCUUGGUCAUUACUAG